AUUCUGAUUGUGAUUAACUAAUUGUCUAUUUUUAGUUGAUCUCCUUUUUUGUAUAAUAUUUGUUUAUCUAUUUCAUGGCUAUUCAAUUACCUGCUGUUGGUAGUUAAUUUAUUUUCUACUAAACAAUUGACUGAUUAUCUUUUUCUAAGAUCAAUGAAUUUUUUCAAGAAAUUUUAUCUCCCAUCAUCUAAACCUUUAAGUGAAAAUGGUUCUGGUGUUGCUUGUGAAAAUGGCGAAGUUGGUGAAGAAGAGAUUGAUUCUAAUCGGGACAUUUGCUCGCCUUUCAAACGAACCUUCCUGAGUCCAACUCUAUUUGUUGAUUCAUCGGCUGCAAAUGAUUAUGUUUGUAAAAUUUGUCAUUUCAUGGCCGUUGAUCCAUUGGAACAUGUACCUGGACCCAAUGUCACCUGUUCUAAUAUUUUCUGUCUCCCUUGUGUCAAAACCUAUUCCACUUCUGGUUUAGCCUCUUGUCCAGCCGAAGGAUGUUUAACAAGUGGUUUUGAUUGGUCAUCUCUUCGUGAAUUGGGAACCAGAGAGAUCGCUCGUUUAUCAAAUUUAAUGCUCAAUUGUGAAUUUAAAUGUUCUCAAGUUAUUCCAUAUCGAGACUAUUGGACCCACCGAGAAAAAUGUCCCGCUAAUCCUGAUAAUUUUUGCUAAAUUUGUGAUCCUUAUUUAAUGGCUAUUCAAUUAUAUGGUGUUGGUAGAUAAUUUAUUUUCUACUAAACAAUUGAUUGAUUAUCUUUUUCUGAGGUAUGUUACAUUUGUGUUUCUUUUUAAUUUCUUAUUAUUCUCUACAUGAAUUUUUUUUCUUUUUCUGUUUCAUAUUACAUUUGAUUAAGAUUAGUUAAGUUUACAGCUGGUUUGCUUGAUCAUCAUAUUUGUUAAUCAUCAGCUAUCAGAUCAUCACCAACAUCAUCUUGUUGAGAACAUUGUGAAUCUAAUCAAUUGUGUUUGCUACUGAGAGUCUUGAGAGAGAGAGAGAGAUCUUACUCCAUCAGCUUUAGCCAUAUGAACAGGUCCUUUAAAGCGGUCAAUAUAUGUCCAUACCAUGCGGGGCUUGGGUUGACAGUACAAUAGAGAUUACCUGUGAAACUUAUUGUA